UCCUUUCUGCAUCAAGCAGAUCGAUUGGUUUUCAUGCAAGACUUUACAAGUGUUUCAAUCAAUGUAACCGAUCAUAAAGUAAACGCAACUUGCUCUUGAUGGCGGUAAAAUAUUCUAUGUAUAAGCUGUAUUUGAUGGUGACUAUAGUUUGUGCGCUUAUCAUUCAUCUUCAUAAAACCAUGAACAUGAAUAAAUCUGAGCUUUUUGUUUGAAUUCCUUUUAAUAUUUGGCUAAAAUUCCGCCUAUUUACAUUCACAAACUACUAGAAAAAAGAUGAUGAAAGGGCACCAAAUUAAAAUGAAAUAAAAGACCAGCAUCAAUAGAUUUUUGGGUCGUUUCUCUUUCUUUUUUUUUCUUUUCUCUCUCUCAUUGCAAUUCAUCUAUUUUUUAUCUUUCUCUCUCUUCUUAAUUAUAGUCAUUAUGGUCGUUAGUGAAUUUGAGCCCGAUGAUGUUUUAAAUGACCUUAAUCGCAAAUUUGCCAGUGUCAGUUUGGAACAGUCGAAAGCUGAAAGCGUAUAUAAAGAAGUUUUAUUUGAAGAACUAUUUGAACAUAAGCAAAAUCUGUCCACUUCAAAUAACUAUUUAACAUGUUAUCAUGCCAUUAAGAAUAUCAGACGAUAUUUAACUCAGAGUAUCUCACUCGAGCGGAUUCAACACGUUUUUGAUCUUGAAUUGGAAGAUCAGUUUAUUAAAAUUCUCGAAUCGACAGGUUACGACGAUGUCAAAUACGAGACGGCGUGGACAAUUACAAACUUGGCUUAUGGGACUCGUCGGCAUACAGCAAGAAUAGUAGAGAGCGGUGUAAUUGAUGCGUUGGUGCAUUGCUUUCGAAAUACUGAAAAUUAUCGCGUUAAAUCUCAGUGCGCAUGGGCUUUUGCGAAUGUAUCUAUAGAAUCACCUACCUAUAGAGAGUUGAUGGCACAAGAAGGCCUCAUCGGAGAUAUAGCAGCCGCUUUGAACUUCAAAUGCGAUACCAUUUAUGCAAACUUAAAUGGAACCUUGAAUCUGCAGGAUGUGAAACACACUGCUGGAGAUGUAAUUUUGGAUGAUAAAGCAGAUCUGGACGAUGUAAGGGAUUUAACAUGGUCUUUGGCCAAUGUCUGCAGAGGAGGCUUCAAAACAGUGGAACAUUGGCAACAAUAUCGGACGGCAUUUGAUGCACUUUCGCAGUGCAUCAACUUCCAUCACGAUGAUAUAUGGACAGAGGCUUGCUGGGGCUUAUCUCGAGUCUUAAGUAACAUGUACAAUUACGAGCCUUUUUUCUGUACGGUAAAUCUAAAUCCUAAGUUAUGCCCAAGAUUGAUUGAAUUAUUACGGACGGAUUCACUCGAGCUGAUUCUUCCAGUAUUGCAAACGAUUAGCAAUUUUUCAUCUGGUCCGAACGACUAUAUCGAAAUAUUGCUCAAUGCCGACUUACUCAACUAUAUUUGGUGGUAUAUGUCGCCAGACAUUCCAGCUCCUUUACGAAGAAAUGCUCUCUUGACCAUAUCAAAUUUAGCAGCUGGAAACGAGUUGACCGUGAGACGAGUUGUAUAUAAUGAAUCCAUUAUGGAAAGCGUCAUCUCUCAUAUUAAGAUACCCGGCCAUGAAUAUAUCACAGAAGAAAAUAAAUGGAUAUCCUCAGCAGCUGCCCUUAUACCAGAAACCCGGGAGGAAUGGACGAUAUUGAAAGAAAGUCUAUGGGUGCUUUCUAAUAUUACUACUCUAGGAAACAACGAUUGUAUUUGCGCUUUAUUACGGAAUUACAAUACUUUGAUCCAAUCUUUGACUUCUUUGCUUCAUUUCUCUCGGUUAUCAUCGUCCGUCUGCUUGAAAGUAGUAGAUUGUUUAUUGAAAAUCACGGACCGUACAAACCAAAUUGCAGAGUUAACACCGCCUGUAUCACCCCAUCCCCGAAACCCCUAUGCCGAAGAAAUGCUUAGGUCAGGUGUUGUUGAAUGUCUGUCUUAUCUGAACGGUGAAAUUAACUCUGCUGAGUUAGCAAUGCAAUCAGAAAUGCUGAUCGUGACCUUGAAAAACAGUUCUCCACAGUCUUCUUUGAUGGACGCAGGCUUGGUAAGUGCUUUUGGCUUAAGCAAUACGGGUCAUCUAUCUACACCGCAUGUUAGACGUAUUGUACGGGGAUAUGAAGAUGGAGACGUCCGAUUCAUUGAGCAAGCCAUUCACAGCAUGGAGUUAUAAAGGUUAUACAGAAGCAAUAUGAUUAUAUUUUAGCCGUUUUUAUAAUAAAAUAGCUUGGAUGCAUAGCGGGUUGUAGUAAUUUUCAUUCUCUCAGACGAAUAGAUCUUGCACCUCAUUUACUAUAGUUUCAGGAACAUGAUCCUAAUACAAAUUACCUGAAGUAACCCUACUCAUACUAUAGAAAUGCUGAUGCAUCACAUCGAUAAAAAGUUCGUCACCCCCAAAAAUUGAACAUGACAUAUCUCACAUUAAACACAUAUUAUCGCAAAUUAUUGCUAUCAAAA